GGAUGUUAGAGGAGUUACUACUUCUCGUUUUAUUGCUUAGUUUUGUUUCUUUCUUGUAGGGCUUCGCCCACUUAUACAUCCAAAAAAAAAAAAUAGAAGACUAGUACUUCGUAUUGAAUACAAAUUACUAUUUCAUUCCUUCUUACUUCUUAGAGAUGGCUCAGAGCUCCUCUAUCUCUCUACUCUGUUCUUCAAAUCCUCUCUCCUCACCACCUAAAUCCUCGUACUCUGCCCGAUUUUUAAACCCCUCUUCUACUUUUUCUCGUAUUCCAUGUCAAUGGCGCCUCAUUAGUCUUCAACCAACUCAUGGGCUUAAAGUUUCUUCCUUACAAAGCACUGCUCUUUCUUCCGCUUCAGCUGCUGAAGAGAUAAUAGAGGAAAACAAUGGAGAUUUAGACUUUGUUGAGAUUGGCUAUGUAUCUAAUGUACAUGGGCUUGACGGAGAGAUUCGUGUAAAGCAUAACACUGAUUUUCCUGACUUGCGCUUUGGAACGCCGGGAAAAAGAUGGUUGCGACAACAGUAUUCUGGAAGAGAUGAAAUUGUUGAAGUUGAGAUCGAGGAAGGAAGAGGCCAUCAUGGAAGUAAGAGUUGGAUAGUUAAAUUGAGCGGCUUUGACAGUGUAGAUCAGGCUCGACAGCUUGUGGGGGCAACUUUUCUUGUCAGGAAUAUUGAUAGGCCAGAGCUCAAAGAGGGCGAGUAUUAUAGUCGUGAUCUUAUUGGCAUGAGGGUUGUUCUUAAGACAGGUGAAUCAGUGGGAACUGUUGUUAGUGUCAUCGACAGUGGUGGAAAUGAUCUCUUACAAGUGUUGCUUGAAGCAUCCACUGGAUCCCCUGAUGAAAGUACUAAGCAGAAGUCAGAGAAAUACGAGUCAGGUCAUCUUGUUUGGAUCCCAUUUGUUGAAGCAAUAGUUCCUGAUGUUGACAUGGACAAAAGAGAGAUGCAGAUUACUCCCCCAAAGGGACUUUUGGAGUUGAAUGUGCGUUCUAAUGAAAGGUCUAAGAAGGAAAGACGUUUAAUUGAAUGGAGAGAAAGAAAGAAGUUUCAAAGGCGCCUAAUUUCUGCCAAAAAGAAAUUGUGUGAAUUAGACCAGCAACAUAUCUUUCAUGGGCUUCAAUAUGGAGAAAUGUCCUAUAGGACCUUACUCGCAGAGCAGAUUGUUUGUGUGAACUUAAAUUUGCUUCAGCAGGCACUGCAAGCUGUUGAGAAGCCCAUUAAUGGGUGUAACCUUGGGGAGAAUAUGCCAGAUGUUGCCUCAAGGAAAUGCGGAAAUUCUUUGAAAAUACCAGAAAAGUACCUCACAAACAUAAGUAUAGAGAAACUUGAUGCAUACUCGGAGCAUGGAAAAACAGGAGUCCAUCUCAUAUCGAAAGGCAAAGUUGCUACUGUCUUAGUCUUAAACAAUGAAAAUCCAGAGAAGCACCUUGAAAAUGGUGAAGAUCCAACCAUUUCCCACCUGAAGAAUUUGCUUUCAGACAAGCAAACAUUCAUACAGGCAGAACAGCGUGAGUCUGUAUCAAUUAUCUUCAUUUCACCAGUUGUGGAAAUUCAACUUCUUGAAAAGCUAUUCGAAACUCAUGACUACUUUACUUUCAGCCGGGAAAAGGUGAGAUUCUUAGAAGAGGAGAAAAUUCUUGUAGUUAGCAGUUCAACAGUAGAACAAAAGAACAAAGUACUGAUGAAGUCACCUUGGGAGGUACACCAAUCAUCAAUGGGAUUUGGUGGGACAAUAAGUGCACUAGCAUCCAAUAAUAUUUUGGAAGAUCUAAUCAAAUCAGGGGUAGAGUAUGUUGAGGUGUGCAGCAUCAGCCGAAGCUAUUUGUGUGGAAACCCUAUUUUUCUGGGCUUUGUACAUUCAGAAGAAACAGAUAUUGGACUUGUGACUUUCGAUGAUAAGAGAGAGGUUCAGGAUAACUUCCACGUGAUACUGCCCGUGAAAUCUAUGCAGAAGUUGGUGAAACAGAUGGAGAAACUCCCCUUGAAUGCCAUUUUGAAGUCCUAUUCACAUGUUGAGUUGAUUAACAAGGAAUGGGUAGAUGUUAUACCAUCCACACCCAACUCUUAUGAGUUCCAUUGUUCACUUCAGAGCUUACUGGAUGCGUGUUCACUUGACAGGGUAAGUCUUAUGGAGGUUACCAAGUAACUUGCUAUAUUGCUUUUCAAUUUUGUAGAUUAGGUUUUGUAAGUUUACAGUAGCUGUAGACUAGUCUUUGUAAAAUUUACAGCAGAUAUAUGGUUCCAAUUCGAUGUAUAAAUUAACAUAUACGUAUGCUUGAUAAUCAUAUAUUCUUGUGCAAAAACCUAUUCUUAGUCCUUAGACCAUGUUUAUGUCAAGAUUGGCAAGGCAUGCCGGCAUGCCAAUUCUGAGCAGGGAGCUUCUUUAGCCAAAUAGCCGUUAACUC